ACUCACACCUGUAGGCUACAAGGCAAGACCUGCAGACUCUUUUGUCCACAGGGGGCACCAAAACCGAAACAAAGGCCCUCUCAUGAGCGUUAUUCAAUACCUCUAACUGCAUGAUGCUUGUCAAUUGGUUGGUACAGUGUUAAAUUCUUUAUCCUAUACUAAUACUUAUCCUAAAUGUAGAUCAUAAGAAUUUGCAUCAGUAAAAUGAUAUCAUGCAGAGACUUUAGGGCUAUUAGCUACUGGUGUUGGUGCCACUUAAGAUAUUUUUUAAAUUAUUGUUGACUAAACUUUGGCUUUAACUGGGUUUUCUUUUGCAAAAAAAAAAAAGGAUAAUCUGAGAUUGUAUCUGUAAUUCCGUAUAGUUGAGUAACACAGUGUUAUUACGCCCAUGGAUUCGUUGCUGCAUGAAUGGUGAUAUAACGCAGUGAUGUGACACGGGGUUAGGUCGGAAUCAUAGGUUGGAAUGCAUCCUGACACGCCUCUCUGUCAGGCUCGGAUGUGUCUGCAGCCUUUAUAACAGAGCCGAGCAAAGUCAGUCCGGGCGGAAACCUGGGAGAGCAGCUGUGCAGAAAGAAGUACUACUCCACAUCCAGCAUCUGCCUUCAUUCCUCAUCUGGCCCUGAGCAAGAUGGCGCACAAAGAGUUUGGGAAGGCAGGGAAAGAGCCUGGCCUGCAGGUGUGGCGGGUUGAGAGCAUGGAGUUGACACCUGUCCCUGCUAACCUCUAUGGAAACUUCUUCACUGGAGACUCAUACAUACUGCUCCGCACCAGCAACACCACCCCUGCUUCUUACAAGAUUUUUGCAUGGCAUGGUGCCGAAGCUUCACCAGAUGAGAGAGGUUGUGCAGCCAUCUUUAUGAUGCAGCUGGAUGACUCCCUAGGUCAAUCCCCAGUACAGUUCACUGAGUAUCAGGGUGAAGAGUCAAUCCCUUUUAUGACCCUCUUCAAGAAUGGCAUCAAAUACCAGAAAGGAGGAGUCAGCUCAGGCUUUAAUCAUGUGGUGACCAAUGAAACAAAUGUCAAACGCCUGAUGCACAUCAAAGGUCGACGGCAGGUCAGAGCCACAGAGGUGGACUUUGGCUGGGGAAGCUUCAACAGUGGAGACUGCUUCAUCGUUGACUUGGGAAAGACCAUCUACCUCUGGUAUGGAAGUAAGGGCAAUAAGUUUGAACGCCUGAAGGCCACUGAGCUGGCCAAGGAAAUUCGGGACAAUGAGCGAGGAGGGCGCCCUGAACUCGAAUACAUUGAUGACGGCUCAGAGCCAGAGGAAUUCAUUAAUGUGCUUGGAGAGAAGCCUGACCUCCCAGAAUCUGAUUCUGAUGAUAAGUGCGUUGAUAAAAGGAACACGAACAAGGCCCAGCUCUAUUUGAUUUCUGAUGCUACUGGCUCCAUGAAAACAACCAUGAAGGGUGAAAAGAAUCCGUUCCAACAAGACAGUCUUUGCCACAGUGAAUGCUACAUCCUAGACAAUGGGGAAGACAAAAAGAUAUUUGUCUGGAAAGGGAAGGAUGCAAACAAGGAAGAGCGCAAAGCAGCAUAUGCAGUUGCAGAAAAGUUCAUCAAAGACAAGAAUUAUCCCCCAAAUACCAAGAUCGUUGUCAUGCCAGAUGGGGCUGAGACUAUGCUGUUCAAGCAAUUCUUCUUCAACUGGCUUGAUAAGGAUGAGACCACAGGCCCAGGUAAGGCCUACCGCAUGGGUAAGAUCGCUCAGGUGAAGCAGAUUCCCUUUGACGCCACAGGACUCCACGGCAACACCACGAUGGCUGCUCAUCACGGCAUGGUAGACGAUGGCUCUGGGAAAGUCCAGAUCUGGCGUGUGGAGGGAGGUGAAAAAGUACCUGUGAAGCCAUCCACCUAUGGAGAGUUCUUCGGAGGUGACUGUUACCUGGUGCUGUACACCUACAACACAGGAGGCAGAGAGAGGCACAUCAUCUACACCUGGCAAGGGCAAAAGUGCUCCAAGGACGAACUGGGAGCUUCAGCUUACCUCACCGUCAACCUGGACGAUUCCAUGGGUGGAGUAGCGACCCAGGUGCGUGUCAGCCAGGGCCAAGAGCCUCCUCAUCUUGUGAGCAUUUUCAAAGACAAGCCACUGGUCAUCCACCUAGGAGGGACAUGCCGUAAGCACGGCGAGAGCGAAACUGCAAACGUACGACUCUACCAUGUCCGCCGAAGCUCCACCAGAGCCAGCCGGGCAGUCGAGGUUGAGCCCACUGCCACCUCCCUGAACACCAAUGACGUGUUUGUGCUGAAGUCUCCUGAAGCCCUGUUCAUGUGGAAGGGAAAGGGAGCGACUAAUGAGGAAAUGGUCGCAGCCAAGUAUGUUGCUGGUCUGCUUGGAGGAACUGCCAAAGAGGUGGAUGAGACCAAGGAGCCAGCCGGUUUCUGGAAAGCACUGGGUGGGAAGAAAGACUACCAGACCUCUCCCCAACUGCAAAACGUAGUCAGGUCUCCAAGACUGUUUGCCUGUUCAAACAAGACUGGCAGGCUGAUUGCGGAGGAGGUGCCCGGCGAAGCUACACAGGUUGAUCUGGCUGCUGAUGAUGUCAUGAUCAUGGACACCUGGGCUCAGGUUUUUGUUUGGGUCGGAAAGGAGGCCAAUGAGACAGAGAAAACUGGAUCGCUCAAAAUAGCCCAAGACUACCUGAACUCAGAUCCUUCUGCACGUUAUGGUACCCCCAUCAGCAUCAUCAAGCAGGGUCAGGAGCCGCUUAUCUUCACCGGCUGGUUCCAUGCCUGGGACCCCAAGAUGUGGGACCAAGAUCUUCUGGAGCAAAUGCAACACGAAAAGCAUUAGUCGCAAAAAACAUAGAAGUUGCUUCUGCAUACCUGUAAGAUGCAUUACUCAUUAUGUAGCAAGUAAGAUAAAGGUACUUUAUUAAUCCCUAGGGGGGAAAUUCAAUUUUUUCAUUGUUAUGAGAUUGGAAUUUGAAUGAUCUGCUGGGUUGGUGUGCAGCUCUGAGAUGUAUGGACAAUAAAUGAUUUGAUGACA